AUGCACCGAGGACAGAGACCGAUCUGUCAUACUGAAAAGUCGAUCCGCCUUGCUAAAAGGCCGAUCUACUCGCCGAGGAAGAGCAAGAGCCUGCCGCCUCCUCCCGCAAGAAGCCGUCGUACGAAGAAAACCUCUUCGACCGACAAGUUCCUUGAAGCCGUAAGGAUGGUCCUCAUACCACUAACCGAGAGCUUCGAGUUGAUGCAAGCUCAGCAGAAGAAGACCCAUGAGCAAGUCGAUACCCUGAUCCGAGAAGACGACGAAGAACCGUUAGAUCCCACUGCCGCGACGUCUAACGGAACCACAAACCGUCCAGCAGGAGUUGGCGAACGAGCAGCCCUGGAGCUCGACAAAUCAACCGUCGUCUUGACGAGUUUGACUCCAAAGAUCCGCCAGAUCCACCUGCACGACAGAAUUCGACUCAAGAUCGAUUCAUACACCGGCAAAGAAGAUCCCAAAAAGUGGUUGACAGCAUUCAACCUCGCCAUGACAAGAGAGAAGUACAACUCUCUUGACGAGAAGGAGGCCAACUACUUCCAAGUGUUCAUAGAGCACAUGACGAAGGAAGCCGUAGUUUGGUUCUCCAACCUGUCUGCCGAGUCGAUCGACAACUUCGACGACUUGACCAACGCUUUCUUAAAGCAUUAUUCCAUGCAUAUGACCCGAGUCACUCAGAACAUGUUUACCAUGACGCAAACUCAAGGGGAAUCUCUGCGUCUGUUCAUGGAAAAGUUCAAGCAAACACUAAGACCCCCCCCUCCCCUCCACAACCUUGGAGGACGCGUCCCAUCGGUCCUAGAGAUACAUCUUCCUCAAGGAGGAUAA